AUGCUCCACACGCUCGUCCAGCGCUCGGCCGCGCUCGGCCGGUGCCCCGUCCGUCGCGCUCUGUCCACUGCGGCCGCGGCCGCCCCCGUCGGCAAGGACCGCCUCCUGCUGUUCGACACGACGCUGCGCGACGGCGAGCAGUCGCCGGGCGCGACGCUCAACUUGAAAGAGAAGCUCGACAUUGCGCGCAGCUUGAGCGCCUUGGGCGUCGACGUGUGCGAGGCCGGGUUCCCCAUCUCGUCGCCCGGCGACUUUGACGCCGUGACGGCCAUUGCGCGCGAGAUCGGUCCGCUGCUGACGAACCGCGCGACGGGCGAGCCCAUGGUCAUCUGCGGGCUUGCGCGCGCCAUGGAGAAGGACAUCCAGCGCUGCUACGACGCCGUCAAGCACGCGCCCAAGCACCGCAUCCACACGUUCUUGGCCACGUCCGACAUCCACCUCAAGUACAAGCUCAAGAUCUCGCGCGACGAGUGCAUUCGACGCGCUGUGGCGGCGAUUCAGUUUGCCAAGAGCCUGACGCCGGACGUCGAGUUCUCGACCGAGGACGCCGGGCGGAGCGACCCCGACUUUCUGUGCGAGUUCCUGGCCGAAGUGAUCCAAGCGGGCGCGACGACCGUCAACAUCCCCGACACGGUGGGCUACACGGUACCGGGCGAGUACGGCUCGCUCUUCCGCUACCUGAUUGAGAACACAAAGGGCAGCGACAGGGCCGUGUUCUCGGCGCAUUGCCACAAUGACUUGGGUCUGGCCACGGCAAACACGCUGUCGGCCGUCCAGGGCGGCGCGCGGCAGGUGGAAGUGACGAUCAAUGGCAUUGGCGAGCGGGCGGGCAACACGGCGCUCGAGGAGCUCGUGAUGGUCUUGAAGACACGGCCGCAGCACUUUCCCGUGUACACGAGCAUCGACUCGACGCACAUUACGCGCUGUAGCCGCAUGGUCAGCCACUACACGGGCAUGUCCAUCCAGCCGAACAAGGCCAUUGUAGGGGCCAACGCGUUUGCCCACGAGUCGGGGAUCCACCAAGAUGGCGUGCUGAAGCACCAGGCAACGUACGAGAUCAUGCUGCCCGAGUCGGUCGGCCUGAGCGAGAACAAGAUGGUGCUGGGCAAGCACUCGGGUCGCCACGCGUACAGCAAGCGUCUGCAGCAGCUUGGCUACACGGACCUCACCGUGGAGGAGCUGGACUACUACGUGGAGAAGUUUAAGAUCUUGGCUGACGAGAAGAAGACAGUGACGGACGCUGACAUGGAAGCGAUUGUCUCGGACGAGCUGUUCAAGCCCGAGGUCUUUUGGACGCUCCAGUCCGUGCACGUCACGGCUGGCAAUCUGGUCAAGCCUACCGCCACGGUCACCCUUGCGUACAAGGAUGGCCAGGAAGUGAGCGAGGCUGCUAUGGGCACUGGGCCGAUUGACGCUAUUUAUGUCGCUAUCAAGCGGGCAACAGGCAUGGAGAGGAUCAAGCUGAACGACUUUUCGGUUGAGAGUGUGACGGACGGCACGUACGCUUUGGGUGAGGUGACUGUGCGGGUACAGGAGGACAAGAUGGAGCAGGAGAAGAAGGAGGACGAGAAGCAUAUCAAUGCGCAGACUGGUGUGGAGCGCGACCGUCAGUUCGUCGGCCACGGUGCCAACACGGACAUUCUCGUAGCUUCGGCUACGGCGUAUGUCAACGCAGUGAACCGCAUGAUGGCGUCACAGACACGUGCUAUUGCCGUGGAGGCCUAA